AUGUCUUCAUCGUGGGCAGACCUCCCCACAGCCCUUGAGGGCAGCAUAUCUAAGCUCGAUGAACUGCUUGCCAAUGACGGUCAACUCAAGGCCUUCACAACCUCGAACGCCAUCGACAAGCCCGCCACGUUCGGCAUCAAGUCCAGCGGCUCUGAGAACGCGCUUCUAGUAGAAGUGACGAACGGGUCGGCCAAGACCGCCGUCGGGAACCCCCAAUCCGCCCUCUUCACGCUCUCCGCGUUACCAGAACAAUGGGAGGAGUUCUUCAAGCAAACUCCCGUGGCGCCAUAUCAGAGUUACUGGGGGAUGUUCGGCAUGAACAUCAAGCAGCAGGGCAUUGAGGUACAGGGCGAUCAGACUGAGUUCGCCCACUGGACUCACGUCUGGCGGCGUGUUCUCGAACUUGCUCACCACGCCCACUGCGGCCCUUAUCCGGAAGACGAGCAGGUCCAGCCGGAUGAAGACCAUCUUGUCGGACGAUACGUCUACCUCACAGCCCCAAUCUGGGGAAGAUGCAAGGUGUUCUACGAAACGAGUGGCGACGGAGACCAACCUAUCGUCUUCCUGCAUACCGCUGGCUCAGACGGCAGGCAGUAUCAUGGUGUCAUGAACGAUGCUCGUAUGCGUGAGAGAUGCACCAUGUACUGUUUUGAUUUGCCUGGACACGGUAGAAGCUUUCCAUCCCAGAGCUACUACCCUGGCGCACACACGAAUACCGAAGAUAGCUAUGUUGGGUGCAUAGCCGCGUUUGUUAAAGCUCUCGGUCUCAACAAGCCUAUCAUCUGUGGAGCGUCCAUGGCAGGACAGGUUUGCUUGGCUGUUGCGAUCCGCCAUCAGGAGGUUGGCGCCUGCGGGACGAUUCCUUUGCAGGGGAGUGAUUAUCUGAACAUGGAAAGGCAAUGGUAUGACCGUUCGCCCUAUGUUAACCAGUCUUUGUUCAACCCCGAAUGGGUCUACGGCAUGAUGUCGCCUACCGCUCCUCUUGUCAACAAGCAGCUCAUCUGGCACCUCUACAGCGGCCAAGCCUACGGCGUAAGCUAUCUGGACUUUUACUUUGGAGGCUGGGAUGGACGGUCUCGCAUGGCUGACAUCGACACCAAAAGUUGUCCAGUGUUCAUGCUCACAGGGGAGUAUGACUGGAGCAACACGCCCGCUAUGUCUCAGGCAACGGCCGACAAGAUACCCGGCGCAAAGCACAAGGCCAUGCCGGAGCUCGGACACUUUCCCGCUACCGAAAACCCAGAGAAGUUCGUGCCGCAUUUGAUUGAGGCCAUCGAGCAUAUCCAGGCGACACGCGCUUAG